AUGCAGGUUUCUAUGUCCAACCAAAAGAGCACAGAGUCUGCCAUAAAGAAUCUGGAGGUCCAAGUGAGACAACUUGCAAUGCAAUUGGUAGAUAGAUCAUCAAGCAGUUUUACAGCUAAUACAGAGAAAAAUCCCAAGGAGGAGUGUAAAGUUGUGAUGACUAGAAGAAAAAGGGAAAUCCAUGUGGAUGAGAGUGAAACUGAGAAGAAGAUGGAGGAACAUAAACAACAGCUGGCACCUAAGCCAGCACUUGAACCCGUUUCUGAUUUUGUAGAACUUGAAGAGAUUAAUGAGGAGACUGAAGAUGAUAAGGAAGAAGAGACACCAAUAAAAUAG